AUGAGCGGAGCGACGCUGAAGAAAAUUGCGAAGAAAAAUGGUAUCAUUCAGAAGUACAUCAGCAACCCUCUGUUGCUGAAUGGCUUCAAAUGUGAUCUACGACUGUAUGUAUUGACACUGUCUGUGGACCCUCUGAAGAUCUACUUAUUCGACGAGGGCUUGGUUCGAAUCGCCACUUUACCGUAUGUUAACAAGGGGCGUUCGAAAUCCCGAUUUAUGCAUCUCACGAACUAUAGCGUUAAUAAGAAGAAUUGUAUAUUUGUGAAAAACGAGGAUAUGCACUUUUUCGGUGAUGGCAGUUUGGGAGAAUUUAGUGACAGAGGUUCAGCUCGGUCCGAAUGUGCGCCGUCUGUCGCAAGCACUAAUAUGAGUCAUAAAUGGUCGUUACGGGAAUUGCAACAAAACUUGAUGGAAUGCGGGAUAUACGGUUUCGACAUUUUGCUUGAUGCAAAUUUACGACCGUGGCUCCUCGAGGUUAACGUGUGUCCGUCAUUUUCCAGCUCAAGCCGGCUAGACAAACGCAUCAAAUCUCAGAUGAUCGCAGAUGCAUUCACACUUGUUGGUUUCUGGCCAUUUGAUCGGUCAGGAGGGAAGAUAAGAGUCCCACAUCCGGGGAGUUGGAAACCUGAUGGAACACAGAAAAAUUGGGCAUCAAUAAUGGAUUGGCACGAUGAAGAACAGAGGGCUGGAGGUUUCAGGCGGAUUUUCCCUACUCGGGAUAACGCUGAGAAAUACGGAAAAUAUCUGCUCACUGAGCGAGCAUCAAACCUUCUAUUUCGACUGUGGUUGGAGGCUGGCGGAGCGAAGGUGUUCGAUCCGAACACGAAGGAGUUUUCAUAUAAACCUACAACGAUUCCCGCUCAGGAACCCUGUUGGCACGCCUCAAAGGGUCCUGGAUGCCCUAAGGGCAAAGAUCUUGGCUCUUCAGUAUUUGCUUGGGCUCGAUCUUGGAAUGUACAAACCCACCCUGAUGGCCAUGACUACACUAUGGUUGAACGUGGGAAGCCUCGUUCAUGGGAUUACCCAAGGGUGUGGGAUAAGAUUUCUCAGGCCACGACAAAUUGUCAACUUGAUCCUGCUCCUCUACAACUGCUGGCUCUGUGCCUGGUCGCUCCGAGGGCCAUCAGUGACCAGGUCGCCAAUGGUGCUCUCAAGGAUCUGAAGGAUCACCAGACCUCUGACCUGCCAACUAACUCUUGUUUGUUAGCUUGGCAGGAUGUCAACAAUAAGCCAUUUCCGAGUGAGAUUGCUGAUGCCUUCUCGAAGUUCAUUGAGGGUUGCCGUCGCAUGUCUCCCUGGCAAAGUCAAAGAACAGCCCCAACCAUGGAGUCGAGUCCUCGUGAGAAAAAGAUCAUCGAGAAGAUCGCUGAACACUCGGGCGGUUCUGAGAUUAAUUGGUCCAUGCGACGCCUUCUUUAUGUUGAGCUCAUUGCUUCGAGCAAACGCUGGCAGUUGAAACGAGAAUCACUGAUGGGUUGUAUGGAGCGCAUCCGUACCAGUAAGUGUCCCGAAGAUGUGAUGGAGAUAUUAACGGAAACUGCCUAUGAGGCAAAGUUCACUAGCAUUGAUACUCUCCUGAACUUGAAGAGAUCUAUAUAG